UUAUCACUAAUGCAGUCUCCACUUGCGACUUUUCUAAAAGGUGCUGUCAUAUAUUAUUAUUCUCUUUAUUAUAGUGCUUCAGAGUGGAAGGGAACAUCCAAGACACACAACACAAGAAUGGCCUCAAAAUCCACCAUUAGACUUCUGAGCUUAUGCUACUUUAUGCUCUUCAGCUUUAUGCAUUUCAACAGAACUGUGUUCUCAUGGACAAGUCAUGAAAGCACAUGCAAUGGUUCCAUAGCUGAAUGCAAUGAAGAAGAUGAGAUGCUGAUGGAGUCAGAAAUAAGCAGAAGGUUUCUGGAGCAGAAGAGAUACAUUUCAGAUGGAGCACUGAAGAGAGACAAACCAGUUUGUAAUGGUGGUGCCACUGGUGAAGCUUAUAGUAAAACUGGAGGGUGUCUUCCUCCACCCGCAAAUCCUUAUAAUAGAGGCUGCUCUAAAUAUUAUCGUUGUAGGUCUGAUUCUUGAGUGGAUAUUCUUCAUGCAAAGAAUCUUUUAAGGUUGUUGAUGAAUGAUGCAUUCGUAUACUCUUUCUGUUGUUCAUCAAAUUUGAUGAGAACUUUUAAAUUAUAUGAAAUUUUCCGUAAGGUUCUCUUACAUAACUAAUCCUCUGAGGGUACUAAAUACUGAAUAUCACACAGCUAGGUGCAGAUCAAGUGCCCUAUAAACAUAGAUCAGUUGCUAUGAUUAUGCUAUAACAUAGAUCAAGUAUUAAAUUUACAGGUACUCCAGAAAUGCCGUUGCCACCAUUGAUAGGUUUCUUGGGUUCCCUAUCUCCACCCACCAUUUCAGCUUUAAUAGU